GCGACAGCACUGCUAAACAUGGCGUCGGACGGGAUGAUUUUAACAAACCACGACCAUCAAAUCCGAGUCGGAAUACUUACGGUAAGUGACAGCUGCUACAGAAACCUUGCUGAGGACCGCAGUGGAAUCAACCUCAAAGAUCUCGUUCACGACCCAUCCUUGCUUGGAGGCAUAAUCUCUGCAUACAAAAUAGUCCCAGAUGAGAUAGAUGAGAUCAAGGAGACAUUGGUGGACUGGUGUGACGAAAAGGAGCUCAACCUCAUUCUGACCACUGGUGGAACGGGCUUUGCCCCUCGUGAUGUCACGCCCGAGGCGACUAAAGAGGUGAUAGAGCGUGAGGCUCCAGGGAUGGCCCUCGCAAUGCUUAUGGGCUCCCUCAAUGUCACACCAUUGGGUAUGCUGUCCAGACCUGUGUGUGGAAUCAGAGGGAAGACUCUCAUCAUUAAUCUGCCUGGUAGCAAGAAAGGCUCACAGGAGUGCUUCCAGUUUAUCCUGCCAGCCCUGCCUCAUGCUAUAGAUCUCCUGCGGGAUGCAGUGGUAAAGGUGAAAGAGGUCCAUGACGCUCUGGAGGACCUGCCCUCACCCCCACCUCCCCUUUCUCCUCCGCCCGCCACCAGCCCCCACAAACAGACCGAGGACAAGGGAGUGCAGUGUGAGGAAGAGGAUGAGGAGAAGAAGGACAGUGGUGUGGCGUCCACUGAAGACAGCGGCUCCUCGCACAUCACGGCGGCUGCCAUCGCUGCAAAGAGUAUGAAGUCUCAUCCCAACCACGCUGUUGUCAUGGCGAAAGGUGGGCAUUUCCUGCCUGGCCUCGUCCCUCCCACAAACAUUCCUCCUCAUUUCACCUGUUCCUGUGGAGACCAGAUGAUUCCAGACUCUAUUAUUUCGCGAGGUGUGCAGGUGUUGCCACGGGACACAGCCUCUCUCAGUACCACACCCUCUGAGUCGCCUCGUGCACAGCAGUCCCGCCUCUCAACUGCCUCCUGUCCCACGCCCAAAGUACAGUCGCGGUGCAGUAGCAAAGAGAACAUCCUGAGAGCAAGUCACAGUGCGGUGGACAUCACGAAGGUGGCUCGGAGGCACCGCAUGUCCCCGUUUCCACUCACCUCCAUGGACAAGGCCUUCAUCACUGUGCUAGAGAUGACUCCUGUUCUGGGUACUGAGAUCAUCAACUACAGAGAUGGGAUGGGUCGAGUCCUAGCCCAGGACGUCUAUGCCAAAGACAACCUGCCUCCUUUCCCUGCAUCCGUCAAGGACGGCUAUGCUGUUAGAGCUGCUGAUGGCCCUGGAGACCGCUUCAUUAUUGGGGAGUCCCAAGCCGGGGAGCAGCCCACACACACAGUUAUGCCAGGACAGGUGAUGAGGGUGACGACAGGGGCACCCAUCCCCUGUGGGGCUGAUGCUGUUGUACAGGUGGAGGAUACAGAACUGCUCCGUGAAUCUGAAGAUGGCACAGAGGAGCUGGAGGUGCGGAUUCUGGUGCAGGCGCGUCCCGGCCAGGACAUCAGGCCUAUUGGUCAUGACAUUAAACGUGGUGAAUGUGUAUUGGCUAAAGGCACUCACAUGGGCCCGUCUGAGAUCGGCCUGCUGGCCACAGUGGGCGUCACAGAGGUUGAGGUUCAUAAGUUCCCUGUUGUAGCAGUCAUGUCUACUGGCAAUGAGUUGUUGAACCCAGAAGAUGACCUCCACCCAGGGAAGAUCAGGGACAGUAACCGAUCCACACUGCUGGCCACAAUCCAGGAGCAUGGCUAUCCUACCAUUAAUCUGGGCAUUGUUGGAGACAACCCUGAUGACUUACUGAACGCUCUGAAUGAGGGUAUAAGUCGUGCUGACGUCAUCAUCACCUCAGGAGGAGUGUCCAUGGGGGAGAAGGACUACCUGAAGCAGGUGCUAGAUAUCGACCUACAUGCUCAAAUUCACUUUGGUCGAGUGUUCAUGAAGCCAGGGCUUCCCACCACAUUUGCUACUUUAGAUAUUGAUGGUGCCAGAAAACUGAUCUUUGCUCUGCCAGGUAACCCUGUUUCUGCAGUUGUUACCUGCAACCUCUUUGUCAUUCCUGCGCUGAGAAAGAUGCAGGGGAUCCUGGAUCCAAGACCCACCAUUAUUAAAGCCCGGCUAUCGUGUGAUGUAAAGCUGGAUCCACGCCCGGAGUAUCAUCGCUGCAUUCUGACGUGGCACCAUCAGGAGCCUCUGCCAUGGGCACAGAGCACAGGAAACCAAAUGAGUAGUCGGCUGAUGAGCAUGCGUAGUGCUAACGGCUUGCUGAUGUUGCCUCCAAAAACAGAGCAAUACGUGGAGCUGCACAAGGGCGAGGUGGUAGACGUCAUGGUGAUCGGGCGGCUAUGAUGUCAGCUGAAGGGGACAGCCAGUGUUAAGAGAGUGGCAGUGGUGCAUGUCCACAUAUCAUCACUAUUCUGUAAUAUGCAACGGCACAGCUAGUUUUUAUUGAUUUGGAUAAAGUUGGUUGAGUGUAAUCAACAUUUCAAAACACAAGAAGAAUAUGUGAGAUUUAUGAAAAUAUUAAUUACAAGUCAUCAUA